UUGUAUUUGAUGUGUUUAUUUAUGAUGGCGAACGAUCCGUUGAUUGCGCUUAUAUCUGAGCAUAUACAGAUUUGCAUGCUGCCCAGCCUGAAAGUAGAUCUGGAUGAAGUUCAGACUCUGCCGACGCACUUUAAGGACUAUCAUUCCAUGCUCGAACAAGAACUGCCCAAGUUAUACGAUUUACUACACAAAAACGAAGUUGUCUUAUUACAUGAUCUUCCAUACCAAGAGAUUCGAGCCAAACUUGUUUUGCUGCUCUGUGAGCUUACCGCGUCGCCGACGAUCUACAGACUUAAUAGCGGUCAAGAACCAUUGCUGCAGAAUGCGAAUCAAUUGCUUAGAAAACUGGCUUCCAAUUGCAAUAAAGCUGAGGAAAAUUUUAUUUUCAAAUACUAUGAGGAAAAGCUGCAUAAGGACUGCUGGAAGCGUCAGCUGGGCGCGGUGCAUGGCUACGUUCGAUACUUGGAGCAUCGACACUUAAGCGACGUCAAGAUGUCCAUGCGAAUGCUUGCUUUCAGCUUAGCUGUGGGCCUCAAUGUGCGCGAGAGCUUUCAGCCGGAAUACAAACAGCUGGGCGUGCGCAUAUUUACACUGAUGUUAAGGCAUGGACGCCCUGAUGAUAUUCAGCAACUGAAUGUGCAUAGCGUUAUUUACGAUAAUGUAUUCAGGGAUGUCCAGAGCAUGGAAACACUUAGCGGAACAAUCUGCAAUUGGGAUUGCCUCUUACUGUGCUUGGAUCAUUUCAUGAAUGUGGAUGUUUUUAUGUGGAAUCAUUGCGAUGACAUGCUCGAGCGACUAAUCCAAAAUAUUUCACUGACCUCUAGCACAGAAAUGUCUGUUUCCCUAAUGCAUUUCAUAACAAAGCUUGGCUACUAUUUUGCCAUCAAUAAGAACGAAGUCACAGCAGUUUUAUCCACUGACCUAACGAACUCAAAUCAACUGACUGAAUGCCUGCAGGUGUGUGCCUCCCUGAAUGUCUGCACCAAUUAUCGAUGGGCAAAGAGUGUACUGCAAAUGCUUGUGCUGGAGUCUGAAAAGCUGUUGCGAAGCGUAGAUGCGGCUACCAAGCUGCUGGUCGAGAUGCAGCGCUGUUUUCUGGUGUUUGUGCUGCCUAUUCCUCUCCAGGCCUUGCACGCCCAUUUGCAAGAGUUUUAUGCCAAGUUUGUUGCUGUGCUUCUAGAAGGCGUCACCGUCCAUCAAGGCAAUAAACAAGUCCAAACGCUAACGCAGCUGUUUAUACAAAUUUUCAUUUAUCAACUGAAAAACGGUUCCACAGAUGAUCGAACUCCGUGUAAUCUAAAGAACUACCUGACUGCGCUGGAGAAUUUAUCGCUGAUUAUUGUUAAAUAAACAUG